AUGGCUCUUGCGCUGCUGGCUGGCGUGAGCGCGGACGAGUUCUUCAACGUGUACGACACGCUGGUGACACCCACAGGCCCCACAGCAGAGCUGCGAGGCAUGGCGUUCGCCACUGAUCAUGUGCCCAACGUCAUUCCGCACGGACCUGUGUGCAAGUACAUGCCGCGGGGACUGGGUGCCCGCGCGGACCAAAGUCAACUCGGGGCUCGCGUGGGGCGCGGUUGCUGCCAACAUGUGCGGCAGUCACCCUUUACUUCAUUAGGCUCUCCUGUGUCGUCCCUCCCCUGCUACCUGCUGAGCUUGCUUCCCUCGCCCCUUUCUCGCCCCUGCCCUGCUGUGUGCAGCGCCCCCACCCUCCUGUGCCACCAUUGUGUGUCCGACCACUCCACCUGCAAUGCCACUGCCGACCCGCCCUGCAUCUGCAAUAAGGGGCUCAGCCUGACACACGGCCAGUGCGUUGGUAUGCUUCGUCAUCAUUCUCGCCUUGACCUUUUACUUUGUUGCCUCUUACUUUUCUGCCUCGUCCUUGUCUCCCUCUUCCUUCUCUCCUCUUCCUUCUCACCGUUUUUCUCCUCACCCUCUUCCUUCACCCCUUCUUCCUUGUGUCCAAAUCCCUCUCCCCUUCCUCCUCUUUCUCUUCUUUCUAUCCAUCUCUCCUCUCCCCCUUCCUUCUCAACUCCUCAGCCCUCUCUUUCUUCUCACCAACUUCUUUCUCCCCCACUUCCCUCUCUCCCUCUUACUUCUCAUUGUUGUGUGCUCCCCCUCUUCCUUCUCGCCCUUUUGCCUCUCACUCUUGCUAAUUUCCCUCAUGUUUUUCGCCCUCUUUCAUCUUACUGUUCCUUUUCACUCGUUUGCUUCUUUCCUUCUUCCUUUUCCGCCCUCUUGUCUCUCACUCUUUUCUCGCCCUCUUGUCUCUCACUCUUCCUCCUCGCCCUCUUGCGUCUCACUCUUGCUUCUCUCCAUCUUGCUUCUCCCUCUGUUACUCUCCACCCUAUUCCCUCUCACUAG